AUGUCAUCGCUUGCUGUUUCGGGAAUCGCUCCAUUUUUGGAUUUCGCCGGUCUAUUGAUAUUCGUAACUGAACUCACCGAUUACCGUGCCAAAUUUAACGCUGAACUUACCUUACGCGACGAAAAAUUUACAGCAGAGGUCCAAAGAAUCUUUACAAUGCUUAAUACUUCUACUGCAAAAUUCGGUGAAAUCGAACAAGUCCUUCAAGCCUACCAUAAUAAUUUUGGUGAAAAUGCAUCCAAAUUCGAAUCAAUCGAGAGCUCUAUUGCAACACUCCAAAACGAUAUUAAUCAACACUAUGCAAAACUUCGAAACAGCAACUUAUCGGAUCAACAAAAUGAUGGUAAUCAACAAAAUGACGGUAAUCAAAAUGAUGAUAAUCAAUCCGAAGCUUCUGAUUCGAGCCAACGAUCAUUUUCGGAUAUAACUUCAGAAAUUUGGAACCAAUUUCGAUAG